ACUCGAUCGCCACAAUAUCUAGCAAGCUAUCUGCUGCGGAGAAACCCAACCAUCUGAUCGCCCCAGCACAAAGAUGUCAGGUGGGAUGCGCUUAAGCUUCGUGCAGCUGUUCGCCGCGGUUCUCGUGUUCUGCUUCGCGCCCGCCAAGUCCGGCUACUGGCUCCCGGCCCAUGCCACGUUCUACGGCGGCGCCGACGGAUCUGACACAAUGGGUGGCGCGUGUGGGUACGAGAACUUGUACAACGCGGGGUACGGGAUCAACAACGCCGCGCUAAGCACGGCGCUGUUCAACAAUGGCUUGUCGUGCGGACAGUGCUACCUCAUCACGUGCGACACCAGCAGGUCAGACAUGUGCAAGCCCGGCACGUCCAUCACCGUGUCCGCCACCAACUUCUGCCCUCCCAACUGGGCUCUCCCCAGCGACAAUGGCGGGUGGUGCAACCCACCUCGUGUCCACUUCGACAUGUCCCAGCCUGCUUGGGAGAACCUCGCCAUCUACCGCGCCGGCAUCGUCCCCGUCCUCUACCAGCAGGUUGCGUGCCAGAGGCAGGGCGGCCUACGCUUCACCAUUAACGGCUUCAAUUACUUCGAGCUCGUGCUAGUGACCAACAUCGCCAUGAGCGGGUCGAUUAAGAGCAUGUCUGUGAAGGGAACAAACACGGCAUGGAUCCCCAUGUCCCAGAACUGGGGCGCUAACUGGCACUGCCUAGCCGGGCUGACAGGACAGGCGCUCAGCUUCGCCAUCACCUCCUCCGGCGGCCAGUACAAGGUCUUUCAGGACGUGGUACCGGCCUGGUGGCUGUUCGGACAGACCUUCACCACCUGGCAACAGUUCGACUACUAGCUAUAACAUUGUAUAAUUUGUACUUACUAUUACCAGUUCGCUUCGUUCAGACCGAACAAGCAUGGAACUGUCCACACGCAUAUACAUUAUUCCCUUUUGAUUGUUCAGUUUGUUGCCCAUCGAGUCAGGGGAGCCAGGGCCAAUAGAAGAGAUAAAAGGUUGGAGGGGGCCAAAUAUAUAAACGGAUAAACCUAAAGCAUAUUAAGCUAACAAUACUGUGGUGUUUAUAGAAAAAGAAAUCAUGGGGAGAGCCAUGGUCCAUGCUCACCCACCCCUGGCUCCGUCCCUGCAUCGAGUGGCAGUAGAUUUGAGUUGUAAAAUCUGUAAUCAACGACCACCAUGCCAUUAUGGACUAUUUGGCGUGGAACAAUAUCGACCCCUUCUAUGUCUCCUCCACCUGGAACAAUAUAUACUAGGAGUGGACGUACGUGCGCGCUUUACUACAUCAUUUUCUCUCAAGCGUUUCAUAUUUAAGUUUUUCUUCCAUGGUUAAGUUUAAGUUAUGUUUGACCUAUCUAUGCAAACAAUUUAGGAUAGGUUAUCAAUGCUGCAGAUAGGGCGAAAAUACAAAAGUGAACAUGGGUGCACGCGCACCCACGUGAAUAGUAAAUUCAUUAAAAAUACUAGAAAAAAUAAAAAAA